CUCUCUAAAUCUCAACAUUUUUAUAUAUACAACACACACGUUGAAACCAAUAAAAAUCUCUAUUGCAAAAAAAUACAGAAAAGAGUUCAAAAUGAAGAACACCCAUUUGCCUGAAGAAUCCAAGGAACCAAUCUCUCCGGGAUCUUCUCACCGGAAACAAAACAAGACAGCCACGAAAACAUGUUUGCCAGAGACAACGGUGUUGUCGGGACGUGAAAGGCUAAAGAGACAUAGAGAAGAAGUUGCCGGAAAAGUUCCUAUACCGGAUAGUUGGGGGAAAGAAGGAUUACUUAUGGGAUGGAUGGAUUUUUCGACCUUCGACGCAGCUUUUACGUCUAGUCAGAUUGUUUCUGCUCGAGCUGCGUUAAUGGCUGACGCCGGAGACGAUGCCGGAACUAGAGGAAGUAGGCCUCAACGCCUUCGAGUUGAGAGUUCUUGUUGAUUUCAUUGUCUUAGAGAAAUGUUUAUGCAAAUAAUACCUCUCGUCAUGAUUUUGAAUGUUUAUUAGAUACCUUAUCUUCACAUUGAUUUUGGAAUUUUGAACUAUUGAUACAAUUAUUCAAAGUUUCAUAUAGUACUUGUCUAAUUGAAUUGAUUUGUAAAUGGAAUUGCCGGUGAGACAAC